AUGGAAGCUGAGGAAUGGAUGAGUGCUAUCGAAUCAAUUUUUAGAGUUAUGAAAAUCGAGGACAGAGCCAAGAUAUCCUACGCGUCACGCAUGCUCAAGAAAAAUGCCUGCUUUUGGUGGGAGAAUUUGAAGCUAACCUUUGAUGUGAGGACCAUGUCAUGGGCAGGAUUUUUCAAGCCUUCAAUGAGCCAUUUUACAAUGAAACCAUCCAAGGUGGAUGAAUUUCUCAAUCUAGUUCAAGGAGGCACAUCUUUUUCUCAGUACGCACAACAGUUCAAUAAGCUGGCCAAGUUUGCGGGAAAUUUGGUAGCAAAUGAAGAAGCUAAGGUUGACAAUACAGAGGCGAUAACUUAUGCCCAAGCUCUACAGAGAACAUUGAAAGUUGAAAGAAUGGAAGAUAGAAUUUGGAAGGAGAGUGUUUUGAGAAAGGAAGAUCACAAGUCUGGACAACAAAAUAAUGGAAAUAAGAGAAAGGGUCCUGAGAAUCAGGGAAACAACAACCAGCUGGAUAAGAAACCCAAAGGGUCAUUCCAGAAUCAUCUUGCACAAUCAGGGUAG